AUGCCUGAGGAAAUCAGAUACUCGAUACCUAUAACCGACACCAGUUCAACCAAGAAUGAAGCUAGGAAUGACCCACCUCAAGAAGAGGAGACUGAGCCUCUCCACCCAGAUCAUGUCGACCAUCUAUCGCCUGGUAUGAUCAAACUGUAUGGUGUAUGGUCCGUGGCGUUGUUAGCUACUUUUAUGGCGGGAUAUGGUGUCGCUUCAAUGACUGCUAUCAAUCCAAUGCCAACUUUUCAGGAUUAUUUUAAAUUUGAGGAUGUAGGAGUAUCGACCGGACUAGUCUUCUCCAUGUGGCCCAUCGCAGCCUGUGGUCUAUUCUGGCUAGGUCCCAUAAUAGCAGACAGGCUAGGCAGAAGAGGGGGUAUGCUCAUCUCUUCCUUGGUAUAUAUCCUCGGAACAUCUCUCAUGGCCUUUUCCAAGAACUUCGGUAUGUUACUAGCCGGAAGGUUCUUGCUGGGAGCGGCGGUUGGUCUCAUGCAACCUGCUGCGCCGCCAUAUGUCGUGGAGAUAUCUCCGCCACUGAACAGAGGGUUUUUAACAGGUAAAUUCAGCCAAGUCAGUACUCAUCGCAUUGAUCUGGACGCUAAUUUCUAUCAACAUCAAAAGGAUUGUUUAACUGUACUGGGAAAUGCCGUUGCUACGAUCGUUUGCAUCUUGACCGAAAGAAUCAGAUCGGACUGGUCAUGGAGACUCCCUCUUGUCAUACAACUCGUUUGUCCGACCAUAAUGGCCUCGACGGUGUUAUUCCUACCCGAAUCACCAAGAUGGCUGUACGCGCAUGGAAAAACAGAAAAAGCUAAAGCAGUUUUGACAAAAUUCCACGGAAAUGGUGUUUAUACGCCAUUAGUUGCGAAGGAACUAGAUCAAAUCACUGUAUCAUUAAACCAAUCACCGAAACAGAUGUUUGAUUAUCGAACUUUGGCCGAUACCAGGGGUCAAGCGUAUAGGUUGAUGCUGGCUUUGAUCAUGGGUGCUGCUGGGCAAGCGCCAAGCCUGUAUAAACAAGUCGGUAUGACGAGCGUUCGACAGCAGCUCAUCAUGACUCUGAUACCAACAUUGAUCGGUCUCCUGUUCGCCAUUUUCGGCACCUGGUGUACCGACCAGCUAGGUCGACGACCCAUGUUAACCUUCGGCACAUUCCUAUGUGCAUUAUUCCUAGCACUAGCAAUGGCCUGUUCGGCCAUCUCUCUGCAUGGAAACACGACAAUCUCAGUAUUGGAUUAUGACAACGCGGCGGCCAAGGGCACCAUCGCAUUCCUGAUAUUGUUUUACGCCACAUACGCAUGGGCAUACAUACCGCUCGUUGCUGUCUAUCCACCCGAGGUGUUGAUUAUGGAACAGCGUAGUACAGGUAUGGGGUUGAUGGUUCUGACGCUAAAUUUAGCUUCUGUACUAGGUCAAUUGACUACUCCUAUAGCCCUACAGAAGAUCGGUUGGUGGACAUACCUACCUUGGGUAUGUUGGGAUUUGAUCGAGACGGGAAUAUGGUAUUUUCUUGCUGUAGAGACUAAAGGCAGGACUCUGGAAGAGCUAGAUGUGAUUUUCGAUGCGCCCAACCCGGUGAAGGCAUCUCUGCUAGUUGCCGAAAAGAGUGACAAUGAGCAGAGAACGGAAGAAAGUCAUGCAGCCGUUGUUGUGAACGGGAGAGAUCACGAGUAA